AUGGGUUGCGGAAUGAGCACGGAGGAUAAAGAGGGCAAGGCCCGCAAUGAGGAGAUCGAGAACCAGUUGAAGAGGGACAAGAUGAUGCAGCGCAAUGAGAUCAAGAUGCUUCUUCUGGGUGCUGGUGAAUCCGGAAAGUCGACGAUCCUGAAGCAGAUGAAGCUGAUCCACGAGGGCGGCUACUCGCGUGAUGAGCGGGAAUCCUUCAAGGAAAUCAUCUUCAGCAACACGGUGCAAUCGAUGCGUGUCAUCCUCGAGGCCAUGGAGUCGCUGGAGCUGCCCCUUGAGGACCAGCGCAUGGAGUACCACGUCCAGACUAUCUUCAUGCAGCCCGCCCAAAUCGAAGGAGACGUUCUGCCGCCCGAAGUCGGAAGCGCGAUCGAGGCUUUGUGGAAGGACCGUGGCGUGCAGGAGUGCUUCAAGCGCUCUCGCGAAUACCAGCUCAACGACUCUGCGAGAUACUACUUCGACAACAUUGCACGUAUCGCCGCUCCCGAUUACAUGCCCAACGACCAGGAUGUCUUGCGAUCGCGUGUCAAAACGACGGGUAUCACGGAAACCACGUUCAUCAUUGGUGACCUGACGUACAGAAUGUUCGAUGUCGGUGGUCAACGAUCUGAGCGAAAGAAGUGGAUUCAUUGCUUCGAGAACGUCACCACGAUCCUCUUCCUCGUCGCCAUCUCCGAGUACGACCAGCUGCUCUUCGAGGACGAGACUGUCAACCGCAUGCAGGAGGCUCUCACAUUGUUCGACUCCAUCUGCAACUCGAGAUGGUUCAUCAAGACAUCUAUCAUCCUCUUUCUCAACAAGAUCGACCGGUUUAAGGAGAAGCUUCCGGUCAGCCCUAUGAAGAACUACUUCCCCGACUACGAGGGUGGCGAUGACUACGCCGCAGCGUGCGACUACAUUUUGAACCGAUUCGUCAGCCUGAAUCAGCAUGAAACUAAGCAAAUCUACACGCACUUCACCUGCGCGACAGACACAACUCAGAUCCGCUUCGUCAUGGCGGCAGUGAAUGACAUCAUCAUUCAGGAGAACCUGCGGUUGUGCGGCCUGAUUUAA